UUAUCUCAGGCAUUUCUCAAGCUGGUAUGACAGGCCGAGUGACUAAAACACAAUCUUGUCUCAAAUCUUUACCGUUUCAGUGUGUUCCUUGUUAGAUCUGACUCAGACAGCUGUAAAUGAGUCAUGUGAAACCUUCAGAUGAGUCCAGAGAGAGACACUUUCACUUGCUCUGAAGACUUUAAGGACAGCAACUGACAGACUUGAGGGCAACUAGAGGAGAGGUUUCAUUCGACUGCCGACGGCUUGUUUAGGCUUCUCAGGGGGGAGAGGCAGCAUGUAUUGGAACGUGGCCCUCCGGAGCGUCGGGCUCUGGGUCAUUCUGAGUUUAGCCACUGGUCACCUGACCGAGCAGGAGAAAUCAACUAUUGUGGACAUGCACAAUGAGGUUCGCUCUAAGGUUCAGCCCAGCGCCGCCUUCAUGCAGAAAGUGGUGUGGAGCGAGGCACUGCGUGUGGUGGCGGAAGCAUAUGCCGCAAAAUGCAUCUGGGAUCAUAACCCUGAACUUGAGGAACUCACAAUUGGUGAAAAUCUCUUUGUAGGCACUGGACCAUUUAAUGUAACCAAAGCAAUGCUGGGCUGGUUUGAAGAGCAUGUGGAUUAUAACUACGAAAGCAAUAACUGUUCUGAAGACAAAAUGUGUGGCCAUUACACUCAGAUGGUCUGGGCAAACAGCUUUAAAAUUGGCUGUGCUACUCAUCUCUGUGACAAACUUGAAUAUCUGGAUUUUGAGAAGGUCACUCUUCUCGUCUGCAAUUACUUCCCUCCAGGAAAUGCUGAGGGACAAAAACCAUACGAAUCUGGAGAUCCAUGUUCAAAGUGUCCAGAUGAGCAACCAGUGUGUGACAACAACAUGUGCGUAGUUGAGAAUCUCUUUCGUCCAUCCGAGGAGCCGGAAUCAGAAGACACCGAUGCUCCAACUGUCUUACCUGGGCGUCCACUAAUGACGACGGAGCCUGACGCUGUUCCUAAAGAACCCACACAAGUGCACGUUAUACCUGUAGAAAUAGGCAGGGAAGGAGAAUUCAACCAUGGAUACAAGAUGGAAAGUGUCUCAGCUCUUCUGGUGAUGUCUGUCUUGCUGUUGGCGGCUCUUGUGUUGUAAGGGAUGAGAACCUGAUGACAGACACAAAACAUUUGUUUUAAGGAACAGCUCACCCAAAAAUGAAUAUUUGCUGAAAAUGUACUCACCCUCAGGCCAUCCAAGAUGUAGAUGAGUUUGUUUCUUCAUCAGAUUUGGAGAAAUGCAGCAUUACAUCACUUGCUCACCAAUGGAUGCGAAUGGGUGCCGUCAGAAUGAGAGUCUAAACAGCUCAUAAACACAUCACAAUAAUCCACAAUUAAUCCACACCACUCCAGUCCAUCAGUUAACAUCUUGUGAAGCCAAAAGUUGUGUGUUUGUAAGAAACAAAUCCAUCAUUAAGACGUUUUUAACUUCAAACCAUUGCUUCCAGCUAAAAUACGAGUCCAUAAUCUUGCUUUCGUCUGAAUCAGGAGAGAAAUAUGCACAGAUUAAGCACCGUUUACAAGCAAAAACAGCCUAAAACAGCUUUAAACAAACAAGUUGUUGGAUUUUGAUGUGAGAAGACAACACAAGACAGACUUUUUCACUGAAAGAAGCAUUAUUAUGAAUUACAGACUCAUAUUUUGACCAGAAGGUUUAAAAUAAAAAGACAUCUUAAUGAUGGAUCUGUUUCUUAUAAACAAGCAGCAUCAAUCAUGAAAUACGUCACAUUGGAUAACAGUUAAAAACAAUUCACUUUUCACAAAUCUAGAGCAUUUUUGACACUUUCAGAAGCUUCAAGCCCUAAUUUUUGAAACUUUCUUUGACAUCUACACAGGUCUCAGAAAAGCUUAAGGAUAAAUGAACAGGUUUUUGUGGAUUAGGCCUAAUGAGUGUAAAUAUUUUUGUUCGCAAACAUCAUUCAUCUCUUAUCUUGAGUGAUAUUGUUCUUGGCUGACAUUGGUAGGAUUUGUGCAUAUCUUAUAGUGACGUGCAAAAGACUUUGCAAUGUAAAUCGAUGUCUUUUAUAAAACUUUUGACUCAUUAUGACAAAAGACUUGAAUUAGGGCUGUGGUGACAUUAUUAUACACUAUAAAACAUGGGAAGAAACACAGUUUAGGUCUAUUUAGGUGUAAAUUUAAGGUUUUUAUAUUUGAAUUGCAUAUAAAAUUUGGAUUCGUAUUAACAUAAACUACAGUUUUAACAUAAAUUAACAACAAUUAAAAAAAAAUAAAUCACAAUAAAAGAUUUGUGCUGAUUUUAAGCAGUUUGAAUGAAUAAAAAGAAGAAGUCCUACCUUUUUCUUACAUGUUGUUUCAUGUAUGACAGACAAAUAUGCAUCACAUUUUGUUUAUUAGUUAAUGUUAAAACUGUGUAAUCCACAUGGAUGGAAAUUUUAUAUGCAAUUCAACAAGUAACAAGCACGUUUUUUUUAUUAAAUUUACCAUUUGUUCUAUUGCAGCUUUAUAUAUAGUGAAAGAAAAACUGUUUUCAGAUGUUUUUAAGAUCAUUUUUAAUACAAGCAGACAGUUUUUGAUCAUCUAUUCAUCUCAUCGUCUUUAGACGAUUAUUUUUGCUGCAAAUUAUCUUCAAGGAUUGACUUUGUGUAGCGUUUGAUGCAGCAGGCGUAAUGCUUUUGCAUGACAAUCAUGCUUUUUAUAGAUUUACAAUAUAGUUCGUUGUAAUUAACCUUUCGAGAUUAAGACAUACAUUAUACUCUCAUGAAAGUUCAUAAACAUGACAUGUAUUGUAUGUUGGCUACAUAAAUGACAUUUAUUUUGUGUUAAAAUCCAAACUCUUCAUAGACAAAAACUAGAAUGGAAAAACCUGAAUGAACUGGAAGCAGACCUUAUAUUGUUGACUUGAUUAUGAUGUAUUAAAAUAAUUUAAAAUGACCUAUGUUGGUCAUUUUCAUAAAUAAAUGGUUAAAUGUU